AUGACAGUCGACGACGAGAAAGGUCCGGCGCAAGACACUGCGCGCUCUUCUGACCUGGGGUCAUCUACAGACGUCAACGCUCCAGCAGCUGCACCUCUGGUCGUCACUAUUAAAACAUGGAUUGUCUCUUGUAUUAUCUCUUGUGAUUAUGGUCUCUCCUUCUGGCCGGUGCCUGUCAUGUCCGCCAUUGGCACUCUGUCUCAGCGGACAUGGGAGAUCCAAACGGGUACAUUUGGUUUGUUCAGUCUUGGUGUUUCUUACCUCGAAGCAUUCCAGUCUUUGGACUACGUUGGCGCUUUCCUCUUCAUCGGCGGCGCAGUCCCAUUCUUAAUGGGCAUUGUCUGGGCAGGUGUCUACGACUUUAACGACGCACACGCCGUGGCUCCCCUCGUACUCGGAGCCGCAGUACUUAUCGCAUUCGCCAUCUGGGAAACAUUCGGCAAUCUAAAAUACCCACUCACACCAACCUACAUCUUCUCCAGCCCAUGGGGUCGCGACUUCACCGCACCCGUUAUCGCACUGGGCGUCGUGAAUAUGUUCUACUACUCCUCAAGCAUUCUGUGGCCGCAGAUGAUCACGGAGUUCAAGCUCAGACAUUGGCAGUGGCAGUUGAUGGGGUCGAUGUUCGUCAUGGUUCUCUUCGGUAGUCUGCUGGGUAUCGUGACCCCAGAUAACAAGGAAACGAUGAUUGCAUUUGUCUUCCUCUCACAGACGGGAUUUAGCGGGGCGAUUUAUUUGAGUAUUGCCAUUACGCAAAUAAGAGUUGAGCACAAGAACCUCGGUGUCAGUCGAGGUAUCUCAGGUUGUAUCCGCUUCGCGGCUGGUGCAGUCGCUACAUCCAUCUAUCAAACUGUCUACAGCAAAAUUUUCACCAAGUACAUGAUAAAGUGCUUCUGCGAUGAAGGAGUACAGCCCCGUGUUGCGGUUGCUGCCGAGGCUGCUCUGAGCCACGCCUACUGCAAGCCUAUCUUUGUGGUCGCCAUGUUAUCCAUGGCUUUUGGAACCCUGGGUCUGGCUGCUUGUCUGUGCUGCGAGAAUGUAGACUCUACGAUGACCAACAAGAUUGAAGUGUAUCUCGAAAAUACUGAUCAUUCCGACCGGAGCCAGCCACACUAA